AUGGGGCAGGACACCAAUAUGCUAAACACCCACCAACAGUGGGUGGGCACCACAGCAGAGAGGAGGCCGGGCCUGGAUCCGCAGCUUCAGUCUCCAGAGACAGACCCAGAGCUGCUGGACAUUGUGUUGGAAACCACCCCAGCAGAGCAGAGGAGCCCUGGGAGAAGUGACAGUGAGCUUCAGGACCAGCAGCAGCAGUCUGGCAGUGCGGGGCAGGCGACAAAGGACUUCGUCCAGAAGAAACAGCAUGACAACGCUAAGGCCGGGGAUCUCUUGCCCCCUACUCCUCGGAAGCCCUCCUUCCCCUUCCAGUGGGCCUGGGAGAGCAUCGCCUUGGAUGGCCGGGUCCUGCUGCAGCCUGGCUCUCCUGGGGCCUCCAGCCACCACACCGAGCGGGCCCAGAGCACCCAGGGCCUGCCCUUGUCCCUAGUGAAGCCCCAGUCACAGUUCCAGCCCAAGUCCAGACACAAGUGCACAGUCACCCUCCCCGAGGACCAGGGCUCCUGCUGGAAGAGCAUCGUGCCAGUCUUGGAGGGGAGAGGGCAGGAGACCAAGGCCAGUGAGGAGGGGCACUGGGCACUGGAGCACCCUGGACAGGGGGACCCCCAGGACCCUUGGCUGCCUGGGAAGGUGUGGGAUCCCGAGUCUGAGGAAGCUGCUCAGUUCGAAGCCCUGAGUGAAGAGGAGGCCAUUUGGGGGCCGAGACCUGGAGAGUUGGGGCAGAGGCUGGUCUGGGAGCAGGAGGCAGAGGAAGCCAAGGAGGGGGAGCACAGGACCCCCCAUGGAAGGAGAGCCCGGCCUCGAAGGAAGGGACAGAAUUCUGGUGAGGAGAACUUGGACAAGAGUGACCCACAGGGCGACAACCUGGGGCACAGCCCCCGUCCCAGAGACCAGCUGGGGGCACAGAGGGGGAAGCCAAGGCCCAAGGGGCCCGGAGGGCCAGAGGGGCCAUGGGACCUGGCGAAGCUGCAGCAGCAGUUAAAGCAGGAGCUGGAAGGACAGGGCCUCUGCGGGCCCCAGAAGCAGUCCUGCAAGGUGGUGCAAGAUACUGUCCAGGCUUCUGGUCGGGGCGGCAAAGCCGUGAGAGAGGACAAGACAGUCCUAUCGUCCAGCUUCUCGAACCGCACCUUCCACAAACGGCAGGAGGCCACCAGAAGCCUGCUGGCGUCCUGGGAGCGGCAGCAGCAGGAGGAGCAGCAGAGGGCAGAGCUGCGCCAGGCCCGGGAGCAGCGGAUGCAGCAGCAGGUGGCACGCUGUCUGGCCACCUACACGCCCAGAGGUACCGGAGGGCCAGCUGCCGCCCAGCGCAAGCUGGAGGAGCUGAGGCGCCAGGAGCGACAGCGCUUUGUGGAGUAUCAGGUGGAGCUGCGGGCCAUGCAGCACAGGGUCCAGGCCCGGCCCUACCUGUUCCAGCAGGUCAUGCAGACCAAUGCCCGGCUCACCGCAACCAGGCGCUUCUCCGAGGUGCUAUCGGUAAUGGGCCUGAAUGAGGAGCAAUUGUUGGCUAAAGGCAGCCGGGGAAACACAGAGGGCACCUCCAGGAAAGCUAGGUGA